CCGCGGGGCGACAAGGGACUACAUCUCGCGGAGAAGGCAAAGCGGGCAGAAAGUCGUUUUCGAAGCUCCUAGAUACGCUCCCAUCGAAUUUUAGGACCCGAAUGGGGCAAAUGGGGUCCUCCCUCCCUUUUCGGUAUCAUCCACUGAACGACUGGGAGUCGCUCUUCUGGGUCUCUCUGUACAUGGUCCUCGAUAGAGUUGUGAAGCCGAAGGGGAACCAAACCCAGCAGCCAUCUGACAAGCUCGAGAAGCAGCGAGAACUCGCUCGUGGUCUAUUCUACAGCUACAAGGAGCGGUCAGUGAAGUUUUCCCAGCUGGCAACGGAGGAGAGGGAUCCCUUCAAGCAAACACUCAUCAACUGUCUUCAUGAUGAUCUCGAGCUUGUUGCGACGGUGCUGGGAGACAUCAGGGUGGAGUUGCUCAAUGCCUAUCGAGAAGUCGAAGCGAAUCCAGACCAACAUCCGGAUGGGGCAGCAUCCGUGGAUAUCAUCUGGGAGACAAUUCCUUCGCAGUAUAACAAGAUCUGUCGAUUCUUGGACACUCAGGACAUUGCUGUUGGACGCCUCCCGGUCCGGCAGGGUCUCAAAGCUACUUAGGCGGAAGACGGACGGAAGCAGAGGGUUUUAUGCAACGCAUCGAGUGCUGCUAUGUCUCUGAGUGGAUUAUGCAAUGUAUACCUCCCUUGAAAUGCAUGUUGUAUAUAAUUGUGCG